AUGCUAGUGUUGUCAAACAGAGGCAGCGAGCGCAACUGUCCUGCACACGAUGCCAUAGACUCAAGGUCAGAGAAAGCCAAUCCACCCUCGGAUACAGGCACUCCAAAGAAGACGGGACAAGACCCUGAUGGCCGUGUCAAGGCGUGGCUCGCACGGCGUCGUGGUGCCACUCAUUGGGACGAUCUUAUAUCUGCGCUCAAGUUGCAAGCUGGGCUUGAUGAUCUUGCAAUCCGCCAUAUGGUCACAGACUUGAUACACCAGCAGAGUUCUGAGACUUCUGACGAUUUUGUACUACCUGAAAACUUUCCGUUCAACAGCCCAGCAGCCGCGAACUAUGUAUCCAUGGACACUAUCCAUGAUCUUCUUCAACAUCAUCGGGAAAGAUACCAAUCUUAUAUAGAUGGCUACCUCGCCCUCUACCAGUCAAGUUUCCCUAUUAUCGAUACUGCUAUAUUCUCAUCAAUGGCCGAGGAUUACUGGAAUGAUCCAAGGCCGACAGAUGUGGCCUGGCUAGCCAGCUUUCUAAUGGUUUUAGCACUAGGGUGUUUUGCAGCAACGAGAGAUCAACGAUCAGCCAUGGAGCUCUGUAUGGCCGCUGAAGCUUGUCUUAGCAAGACGUCUUUUAUGGUUCAACCGGAUAUAUUAGCUGUAAGGACUCUAUGCCUUAUGGUGCUUGCUAAGCAAAGCCUUAAUGCGACGUGCCGCACUUUUGAUUCGUGCUGGACGUUGCUCGGUAUGGUCACCCGUGCUGCUACUGCAAUAGAUUUGCACAAACAGCGCAUGCCAUAUCACGAAAAUGCUAGUGUUUGGCAGUCUGAACAAGCUUUGUGGUCCACGGUCGUCUAUUUUUGCAUACAAGUCGCCAUGGUUACAGGAAAGCCAUUGCUGGUAUCAGCGGAUAUGUUCGCCGAACGCAUACCACUGUCCAUCUUCCAGACAAAUGACCCGUGGGUAAUGCUGAUCGAUGUAUACCCGACAAUAUGUCAGAUUAUCUCGAGAAUCUCCAGCAGCACCGACAAGCCGUUGUACGACGAAGUUGUGAAGCAUAACGACUAUGUUCGGCAGCUCAUGGAUGCCUUGCUCAGUAAGAUACACGGUAAACCGAGGCUUUAUAUCGCGCUGGACAUAUUUUUCCGUCGCAUUCUUCUUGUUCUUCACCGUUCCUACGCUCUACAACCUGCGGCUUCUUCAAUGUACCCAGUUUCGUAUUGGGCGUCUCUGGAAUGUAGUUUGGCGAUCCUCGUGCAUUAUCGAGAUCUUGAAGACCAAAGAGGUCCAGACAACACGGACCUGAUUAGCCGCCUCUUCAAAAGCGACAUUUUCGCAGCCAUGCUGACAGUGUGUUCGCAUCUUUCUCAUCAAGAGGCGCCUCUCUCUGCAGGAUCCGCGAUUCCACCGCGUCGAAUCAUCCUGAACACGUUGCGGGCAUGUAUAGCAAUUUGGGAGCGAGAAGUACAUCACUCAACCUGUUUCAAGAUAGGUCUCAUGCUGUUGAACUUGGUUCUGAAGUUUUUGCCGGAUCUAUAA